AUGUAUGCAGAACCCUUCCAAACUCGACCUCGAAUUCUCCAAGGUAGAUCCUACACCUUCAAACAGCCAUUGCACAACCAUAAUCAAGGCCAUGGCGAGGAACAGAACACCCGCAAUGGUCAAAACAAGAACAAGAAGAAGUACAAGAAGACCAAGUCGGAGGAGUCGACCCUGGGACAUGAAAAGAAUAGUGGUGGAAGCUGCGCUGCGGAUCGCAUGGAGAAGUGA